UAUAUCUAAGCCCUAAUUUCCAUCAGCCUCCCUCCUUAAACCCUCCAGCCGCUUCGAUCACCACCACAACCAAUUCCCUUAAACCCUAAACCUAAAAUGGAUCCAAAAGCCGUGAAAUCCGACUUGGUCCUUAUCCUAGACUUCGGCUCUCAAUACACCCAUCUCAUCACUCGCCGUAUUCGUUCUCUCUCGGUCUUUUCCCUCUGCAUCUCCGGCACUUCACCGCUUUCCUCCAUCACAUCGCUCAAUCCAAAAGUUGUCAUCCUAUCUGGCGGACCACACUCGGUCCAUUCCGAUGACUCGCCUUCGUUUCCAAAUGGGUUCGUUGAUUGGGCACUGUCGAAUGGGGUUUUUGUUCUGGGUAUCUGCUAUGGGCUUCAGUUGAUUGUUCAGCGACUCGGCGGUGAAGUCAAGGUGGGGGAGAAGCAGGAGUAUGGGAGGAUGGAGAUUGAGGUUGAGAAAAACUGUGGAAUUUUUGGUGGGAAGAAGGUUGGGGAUAAGCAGGUUGUUUGGAUGAGUCAUGGCGACGAGGCUGCUAGGUUGCCUGAUGGGUUUGAAGUGGUGGCUAGGAGUCUGCAAGGGAUUGUCGCCGCCGUUGAGGACAGAAACCGGAGGUUUUAUGGAUUGCAGUAUCAUCCUGAGGUUACGCAUUCACCGGAAGGGAUGGAAACACUGCGAUACUUCUUGUUCAAUGUUUGUGGAGUGAAUGCUGGUUGGAAAAUGGAAGAUGUAAUGGAUGAAGAAAUUAAAGUGAUCAACAGCACAGUGGCUCCCGAUGAUCAUGUUAUUUGUGCUUUAUCCGGAGGUGUCGAUUCCACUGUUGCUGCGACCCUUGUUCACAAGGCAAUUGGGGAUAGACUACACUGUGUUUUCGUCGACAAUGGUUUAUUAAGGUAUAAAGAAAGAGAACGUGUGAUGGAAACCUUUGAAAGGGAUCUUCAUCUACCUGUUACCUGUGUUGACGCAAGCAAUCAAUUUCUUAGUAAACUUAAAGGAGUGAUAGACCCCGAGAUGAAAAGGAAAAUAAUAGGCAAAGAAUUUAUCUGCAUCUUUGAUGCUUUUGCCCAAGAGUUGGAGCAAAAAUUAGGGAAGAAGCCGGCUUUUCUUGUUCAAGGAACCUUGUACCCCGACGUUAUCGAAUCUUGUCCUCCACCGGGUUCCGGAAGAACUCACUCUCACACGAUUAAAAGUCAUCAUAAUGUUGGAGGGCUUCCCAAAGACAUGAAAUUAAAGCUCAUUGAGCCACUUAAACUUCUCUUCAAGGAUGAGGUUCGACUACUUGGGAAGAUAUUGGAGGUUCCCGAGCCAUUUUUAAAACGUCAUCCAUUUCCCGGGCCUGGCCUUGCAGUUCGAGUCUUGGGUGAUGUAACUGAGGGCAAUGCCUUGGAUAUUCUGCGGCAGGUUGAUGAAAUUUUCAUUCAGUCCAUCAAAGAUGCUGGUAUUUACGACUCGAUUUGGCAAGCUUUUGCUGUUUUUCUGCCUAUAAAAUCUGUUGGAGUUCAAGGUGAUCAAAGGACACAUUCCUAUGUUGUUACACUCCGAGCUGUUACAAGUCAGGAUGGAAUGACGGCAGAUUGGUACUGUUUUGAGAAUGGUUUCCUUAAAGAAGUUUCUCAAAAGAUUUGCAACAAUGUUCGAGGAGUGAACCGUGUUACACUAGACAUUACAUCAAAGCCCCCUUCAACGAUCGAAUGGGAAUGAAUGAAUGAAUGAUAUAUUCGUCGAGCAUUAUGAUUUGUUUAGAUGUCUGCAUUACCUAUUUGUCGAUUGGGGUUUUUUGUUGUACUCUUGGUUUUAGAAUUUUCAUUACUAUUUAACAUUAUAUCUCAGUUGGCAGUUGUAAUUGUAUUUUCCUAGCCUACCUUAUGGAUGCUUUGCUUUUAGCCAAA